GUCUCGUCACCGCCGCUGUAGGACAGUGUACAGUGUGAUGGCUGCUGGGUAGAGAGCAGGACGCUUUUUCUGUCUUUGGGAUGUUUUGAUGUGAUUAAACACAGCCACGGAUGAUAAUGUACUAAAACUCACACCAGAUGGACGAAGCAGCCCCGUACGCCAACAUGUCCGUAGCGAGCAGCCGGUCGGCCGACCUGGACCUGGCCCCGGCGGAGUACCGCACGGCCGGCCUGGUCUUCUACUGUUUCCUCUUCAUCAUCGGCUUCCUGGUCAACAUCACGGCGCUGUGGGUGUUCGCCCUGACCACCAAGCGCCGGAGCUCGGUCACCAUCCACAUGAUCAACGUGGCCCUGGUGGACCUGGUCUUCAUCCUCCUGCUGCCCUUCCGCAUGGUCUACUACGCGUGGGACUACUGGCCGUUCGGCGACAUGUUCUGCCGCGUGACGGCGGCGCUGACCGUCUUCUACCCGUGCAUGGCGCUGUGGGUGUUCGCACUGAUCAGCGCCGACCGCUACGUGGCCAUCGUGCAGCCCAAGCACAGCCGCGAGCUCAAGAGCACGCGCAAGGCGCUGGUGUCGUGCGCCGGCGUCUGGGUGAUGACGCUGGGCUGCACGGCGCCGCUGCUCUUCCCCGACGAGGACCCGGACGCGGCGGCCGGACGCAACUUCACCACCUGCCUGAAGAUGCGCGACAUCGAGCACCUGCGCCGCGACAACCCCAUCAACUUCGUGCGCCUCGUCUUCUUCUUCCUCGUGCCCAUGUGCAUCAUGGUGGGCUGCUACGGCGUCAUCGUGGACAACCUGAUCCACGGACGCACGUCCAAGCUCAAGCCCAAGGUCAAGCAGAAGUCCAUCCGCAUCAUCGUCACGCUCAUCGUCCAGGUGCUGGUGUGCUUCGUGCCGUACCACGUCUGCUUCGUCUUCCUGCUGCUGACGCCCGGCGGCGGCGGCGGCGGCAACGAGGUCUACAGCGGCUGGGGCGCCGUCACCACCCUCCUGAUGAACCUCAGCACGGUGCUGGACAUCGUCCUCUACUACAUCGUCUCCAAGCAGUUCCAGGACCGCGUCAUCAGCGUCAUCCUCUACCGGAACUACCUGCGCAGCGUCCGGCGCAAGAGCAUGCACACCAGCAGCGUGCGCUCGCUCAGCAACCUCUCCAGGGCCAUGAUCUGAGACGGUG